AGCCAGGAGUAUGGGUCCCGUUUCAACUUUGGUUUCCUGCUCCUGCAGUAGGAAUUGAAGAUGACAAUAGGGACCACACGUCAUUCUUCUACAGCGCUGAGGUUUUUAUCCUUCAUUUGGACAUCGCUGAAAUACAGAGGGAGCAGGAGGAGCAUUACUGGCGUUAAGCUAGAGGAGAUGUAGCAUGUAGCAGCCCCUUCCACAAGCACACAAUCUGCCAAAGACAUGUAGUUACAGGUAUCCUGACUCUUGGAUAUGUGGCAAAUAUACUCUGCUUGUCCAGUUCCAUUUGCUUAAAUCCAGGGCCAGUCAAGGCAAAAAAAAGCCCCUCCAGUGUUGUUUCCUGCAAAGACCAUUCUUAAGAGCUCCUUGGACAGCGCAGGGCUCUUGAAGUGAUAGCUAAUUGGUGAAAGAAAGGCCCUGAUUGUCUUGAGGGAGCUGGAAAGUGCUGCGUGUGCUGCUGAAAGGGACUAGGGAGAAGGUGCCUGGUUUCGCUGAGCAGCUGCUGCUGGAGAUGUUUGGAGAUUACAUCAGCAUUGGAAAAAAGGGGCAAAAAAAAAAGUCCAACUUCACAGAGACGGAGUUUAUGGAGUUUUUUUCCCUUCCAAAGGUCUUCUGACAAUACUGUCAUUGUCAAUAUAAGAGUUGUUAAUUCUUUAUGAAUAGCACAUGGGGCCUCUUGACUAAAUAGUACGUUACAUGUCCCAAAUCUGUCAGCUGGACUCUUCUCUCACAUGCUAGUGAGAUCACUUUGAUUGGAAUGUUACAGGAAUUGCUGGGCUGGCCGCACAGCACUGAAUACUGCAUUAUAUAAUUAGAUCUCCCAGGGUAUUUUUUUCGCAUUACCUCAUUAUUCUAGCUUAAAUAUGGAAUCAGCCCUUUUGAUGAUUUUACUGGUCGUAAUUAUAUUAAUACGAUUCAUUUUAUGGUCCUGUCUCAGUGCUUAUAUAGAUUAUAAACUGUCCCGAAGGUUUCCUGACAAGACAAAAGUGGACUAGGAGACUUCAAAGGGUUUGAGAUUUGAAUUGACAAUGGAGAGAGCUGGACAAGGUAAAUGGAGCUAGAGCAGAUUUUACCUUGGGAUCUGAUGAGAGAGAAAUGACCUGUUGAGACUACAAUUCAAUGAAGAUUCUUCAGAAAGCCUCAUGCUGACAGAGGGGGAAAGAAAAAAAAAAUAAAACCAAAAAAAACCCAUGACAAAUGACUUUCAGUCAAACUAGGACAUGAAUUUUUUGUUGAGAACAGGUUGUGGACUUUUGCCAAUUAAAUGACCUGGACAAAGUUGGAUGGAAUCCUAUUACCGGGCAGUUCAAGACUGCCAGUGGCCCCAUCCUGAUAAGUGAAAUGUGAUGGCUUACUGCUGGCUGGAAGGGCUGCUGAUCUGCAUGUUAAGAUGUCAGCUGCAGAGCCUCCUUAUAUGCAACAACUGAGUGCGCCUGAAUGAAUACGAAGAUUACUGGCCCUGCUCCGCAUCCAUGUGUCACACUACAGACUUGCAGAAGGAGUGGGAUUUUACCCGGUUGGCUGAUUUGUUACCAAGUUCCUUUUGUGGUUCCUACUAGUCAGUUGUAUCUGAAAGUGACUGAACAUUUUAACUGACCAUAAUAUGAUGAAUAUUUGCAUUUCUUGUUAAGUGACAUGUCUGAGUAAUGGGACUAGCUGGACACCAUCAGUGAAUUAGUCACUGGAACGAUCUGUUCCAUGAAAAACAGAUCUGUGCAUCAGCUAGUGCCUGGUUGUCUCUAGCUGAGCUUCAACAGUGCAGAGGGGUGGGAGCAUGUGGCAGGAUGGCAUGCAGUGAGGUUUUUAAUCCUAAACUCCUACAGGGUAGUUUCAUUUCCUUGUCUUUAAUAAGCAGCUAAUACGACGCUAAAGGAUUCAACGUCUUGCCGAAGGCCAUAGUGACUUAGGAUUUUUUGGUUAAGCCACUUUGCAGAAUGAGACAGGUGUCUCCAAAUGGACUGCCUGCUUUGAAAUGGGUAUUACUUUAAGUCAAACAUCCAAAAUCUUGCUGCGUAGAAAACUCAAUUUAACCUCUGGUUUUAAGAACUCUGUUUUUCUAUAGUGAGAGCAGGAAAAACCGUAUGGCCUUGCCUGGAAACAAAAUUGAAAUGCAGUGUCCUUGGCUCAGUCACCUUAAAAAGAAAAAGGUCCUGGCUGAGUUGAUAAUUUUCUAUGUCGUGUAAAAGUGAGGGCUGCCACUUCAUAAACUGGCUUCUGUAUCUCUUGAUAGCUCGUAUAAUGAUAACAGAGUUCAGCCUAGGUAAAAAAACACAGCAUUCCCAUAAAGAGUUUCUUGCCCACUCAUGACUCACUCCUACAGGCUGUCUCAUUAGUAACUGUAAUUCAGCUCUUAUCAUUCUGUUUUUUGAAGCCUCCUAAAACUCAGACAUGAGAGGUGGUAUGUGUUUAUGUUGCAAAACAGGGUAAGUGUCAAGCAAACUGAUUUCAGCCUCAGAUUUUAUUUAUGGUGGAAGACUGGUCUACAAAACAGUCCAUGGUGUCUGAAGAUGCACAUUAUUGGCUUGAAAUCUAGCCAGUUAACAAUAAAUUAAAUUAAACGUAGACUUAACCAACCCCCCCACCACCACCAUUUCUCUGGUUCCUAUUUUUCUAAUGAUGAUUCGGUGCUUUUUUGCUCCUCAACUCCACCAGACCACAAAGGGAAAGUGAAAUGUGCAGACAUACCUUUGAUGAUAAGUAACUGGAAAAAUAGAAACACUUGACCCAUCUUUAUUCUUCCAGUUAAUCUUCGCUAUUCUUAGCUGUUGUACACGUUUCUGUGAGGAAAACAAAGUUUGUAGAUAAAUUGAUAGUGCCUUUGGAAAAAACCCAUCCUUUCAGUUAUUGUGUUUAAAUUAUAUUUGACAGUGUCAUAUGCAUACUAAUCAUUUAAAAAUGUGGAUGUAAAGAGGAUUGGUACAGUAUGUGGAUGAAUGCCUUUGAUAUUCAGUGAUAUCUUCAACUGAUGCUGCUACAGGAUUCACGUCUUUGAUUCCUGUAUUCCUGCAGAAGAGCAUCUCUCAUUUUCCACACAAGUAAGAGAUCAUGGUCUUGUUACAGACCUUACUCUUAUACAGACCAGAUCUGCAUUGACCUCCAUGGCACUGCUUGCAGGGCUGGUGCAAGGAAAUCAUCAGAACGUUACGGUGCAUGAGAUACCUUAGUUGCUCUUCUUAAAAACUUCAAGGAGGAAAAAAGGAGGGCCAGUAGUGGAUGAAUUUGCUGAUUUGUAGGAGUAGUGAAUGGUAGAUAUAUAUCUUGUGGACAACCGCUGUCCCAAAAGUCAGCAUUGGCCAAACAUGGAGAACAGUCUGUCAAUGGGCCCGUUCUGUUUGUAUAUGUCUGUUCAAAUCUUUUAAUUUUAGCCUUACAUGGAUUACAUGGAUUUCACUCUGAUUUUAGGAAUAGUAGUGUUAAUGUUUGAUGUAAUAUUGCUCUUCAUCCUAUACAGGCAAAAUUGGCUGGAGCACUAAAGAAUUUAUUAGAACAUUAAAGUUUUGAGCUCCAUAUAUUCAAUUUAAUAAAAACGUAUUUAUUUUGACUACAGAAUUUAUUUGGAUGAUUCAAAUGCCCUUCAUAAAAGACCUCGUUGCCUAUUAAACUCCAUAUGCUUUCAAGGUAA